AUGGAGCCUUUCCCUUUCCCCAAACGCUCCAGCCUGGCUUCUUCCCCUUCCACGGGGCUCGCCCUGCCCCUGGCAGACGGGCUCAUCAAGUCUCCCAAGCCCCUGAUGAAGAAGCAGGCGGUGAAGCGGCACCACCACAAGCACAACUUGCGGCACCACUACGAGUUCCUGGAGACCUUGGGCAAAGGCACCUACGGAAAGGUGCAGAAAGCGAGAGAGCGGUCGGGAAGACUGGUGGCCAUCAAGUCCAUCCGGAAAGAUAAAAUCAAAGAUGAGCAGGACCUACUGCACAUCCGGAGGGAGAUUGAAAUCAUGUCAUCUCUUAACCACCCACAUAUCAUCACCAUCCAUGAAGUGUUUGAAAACAGCAACAAGAUUGUCAUUGUCAUGGAGUACGCCAGCCGGGGAGACUUGUACGACUACAUUAGUGAACGGCAGCGUCUCAGUGAGCAAGAAGCCCGGCAUUUCUUCCGACAGAUUGUCUCAGCAGUGUACUACUGCCACAAAAAUGGGAUUGUCCACCGGGAUCUAAAGCUGGAGAAUAUCCUCCUGGAUGCUAAUGACAAUAUCAAGAUCGCAGACUUCGGCCUCUCCAAUCUCUACCAGCAGGACAAGCUCCUGCAGACCUUCUGUGGGAGCCCCCUCUAUGCUUCUCCAGAGAUUGUCAAUGGGAAGCCAUACAUGGGCCCAGAGGUGGACAGCUGGUCUCUGGGUGUUCUCCUCUAUAUCCUGGUUCAUGGCAUGAUGCCUUUUGACGGACAGGAUUACAAGAGCCUUGUGAAACAGAUCAGCAACGGGGAAUACCGAGAGCCCAUCAGACCUUCUGAUGCUUGUGGACUGAUCCGGUGGCUGCUGAUGGUGAACCCCACCCGCAGGGCCACCCUGGAGGACGUGGCCAGCCAUUGGUGGGUCAACUGGGGCUACGCCACGCCAGUCGGGGAGCAGGAGGCCCUUCAGGAAAGCGGACCUCCAGGGGGGGAUGCGCCCCGGGCCACCGUGGCCGAAUGGCUCCGCCGUUCCUCUCGGCCCCUCUUGGAGAACGGCGCCAAGGUGUGCAGCUUCUUUAAGCAGCACACAACCAGCGGGACUGGGCUGGAGCGCCAGCACUCGCUCAAGAAAUCCCGCAAGGAGAACGAUAUGGCUCAGUCUCUCCAGGGCGGGGUGGGGGCAGAGCCCUCCCCUGGCCCGGGCAAGGGCAUUCUCAAGCUGCCCAAGGGCAUCCUCAAGAAGAAGGCAGCUUCUCCCGCAGAGGGACAGAGGGAGAGCUUGGGGGAGCCUGACCCAGAGCCCGCCGUGGCCCCCAUCAGUCCCAGGCACACUGCCCCGGCCCUCCCCAAGAAGGGCAUUCUCAAGAAACCUCGGCAGAGGGAGUCGGGCUAUUACUCCUCCCCCGAGCCGAGUGAUUCAGGGGACCUUUUGGAUGCGGGCGACGUGUUUGUGAACAGCUUCCCCAGUGUCAGGGAGCCCUCGAGGCCCCCACAGCUUCCCCUCCACCGAAAGGGCAUCCUCAAGCACAAUGGCAAAUUCUCGGGGGCCUCACAAGAGCUCGCUGUCUUUGGGUCUCUGGACGAGCUGGCCCCGGCCCUCUCCUCCGCUCGGGCCACCCGCCCCUCGGGGGCCGUGAGCGAGGACAGCAUCCUGUCCACAGAGUCCUUUGACCAGCUGGACCUGCCGGAACGCUUGCCCAACCCUAAGCUGCCCCUGCGUGGCUGCGUGUCGGUGGACGACCUGGUGGGCCUGGAUGAGCCAGGGCCUCGGAGCUCUGGUGCAGGGCUCAGGAGGUGGAGGCAGGAUCCCCUUGCCGACAGCUGCUUCUCCCUGACGGACUGUCAGGAGGUGACUGAGACAUACCGGCAGGCGCUGGCUGUUGGCAUGAAGCUCAGCUGAGGGUGGGAAGGCAGCAGUUCCUCCCCGUCCUUUGUGUCUGUUAAAGAAGGCUCAAACGCUUGGCCAUCCCUCUGCCUCGGAAGGCUGCCUUGUAGGCUGAAGAGAACUGGACUUCAAGUCCUGAGGAAGGGAGGGAAAUAAAGUAAGUGGGAUGACGGUUAGAGAUCUCCCUUUAAACCCCAUGCCUCAGUCACACCAGUAGAAAGCGGAGGGGUAAACAAGUGGCCAAAGACGUCUGAAUGGACAAUCUGCAAGUGGCCAACUCCUGAUACGCCAAGGAACCAGACAACUGCCUCCGCCUCUCGCUCCAGGAUGAGGGAGGUGUUGAAUCAGCUUGGAAGACUUCCAGAGUCGAGUUUUCAGAAGAAAUGGAUUCUUUCUCAAGCCUGAACUCCAAAAUGGAAAUAAGGUGCCCAUUGUGGUGCCUUUGUGACUUUUACAGUGUCAUGGCGGGGUGUCUCUGGCACCUCCCUGAACGAGGGGAGGGUCUGCUCAGUAGUUCCAGAGAACUACACAUCUCUUCCCCCUUUCCCUAUUGCCUAAGCCCGUAUCAGGCUUUUCCCUCAGAGCCACUGAGGGAAGCUGCUAUAAAUCCACAGGACUUGAAAAAGGGCCCUUUGCUGCUGCACAAAUACAAUGGUCAUCUCAGUGGGGCCCAGGCUCCUGGAUCUUUGAACCUCAAAUGAGGAAGGCUACCAGUCCUCCUUAUUCUUUCCCCAAUUCCCCACCCCAUAUCUGACCUCUUCUCUAAUGGGUGGGUGGAUGAUCACAGUCCUGGGGUCUUUUUGUCUUGAAAAGAGAAGUUUUCUAUUUAUUUCUAUUUUCUCAGUGAUGUGUUAUUUUUUGAAAAAUGAAUCUUAUUGUUUUCAAUAAUAUGAAUGGAUUGAAUCCUCCCAAAA